CGGUAGCGCGCGAAACCCGAGCAAGAAAGUGACACAGAAUGUAGCUUUGAGCCUAGACACCUACCAGAGGCAUUUUUAAGCGCCAUAGCAGCUUGCCAUGCUUGGAUGCGCUGUAGCAGUCUUAGGUGCACUGCUAGUGCUGCCGGGCAAAGCAGCAACCUUGGCUUGGCUCCGCCAGUGGCCAUUGUGGCAGCAGCUGCAGGAAGACCUCGGGCUUGCCACCCAGGACGUUCUGGGAUUCCGCAGACCUAGGGCUUGCGACUGGCAAACGAUACAGGUUGGUGCCACCACAUUUCGCUACCACCUACAAGGUGAGAUGGCAUGGCCACUGCUGUUGACUUUGAGUCAAUUGAAGGUGCCAGAGGUCCACCUGCGCGUCCUGCAAAUCCAAUUUCAAGGUGGUUUGGAUGAAAAUCAACUACUGCAGUUUCUUGACAAGACGGACCUAAGACCCAGCUUCUUUGCCGCCAAGCAAAGCAUUCCUGACCAUUUCCUGGCUGCACUGCGAAGCAGGUCCAUCAAGCCUUGGUACUGCCAAGACACCUCAUCGCCCACCUUGUCUGAGCGCGCAGUGCUUUAUGAGCUCCUAAGCGCUGACUAGCGAGCUCCAAGCAAUACUUGGGUUGAAUGCGGAGAAUCACAAGUUUGGAAUGGAGCUGAAGUGCUGACCUAGAACCAGGACCUUGGCGAGUUCGCGCUUUGAAACCGCAGCGGGUGAGCGGCUGGCCCAAGACUUCCUCUGGCCUUGAGUUGAGAUGUUGAGCAGGAUGGCUUGUCAUUCAGCAGAAGUUCAAGCACUAUGAGCGAUUAUUAUUGCUGAUUUGCCCUGCUAAAUGCGAAGUUACAUCCUAUAGCUAGGGUGACAAAAGUCAUGAGCGCAAUCAGUUGUACAUGUAAGACCGUGGCGGAG